AUGUUCUCUAUUUUCUUCUUUCUUUCUUUCUUUCUUUCUUAUUUAGUUUUAAGUAUUUUCUUCUCUGUUUUCAAAAUUUCUUUCUUUCUAAAUAUAUAUUUUAAAAAUUUAUUUCCGAUCGUUUUAUCUUCCUUGUCUCCAAAAUUUCUUUCUUUCUUUCUUUCUUUCUUUCUUUCUUUCUUUCUUUCUUUCUUUCCAUAUAAAAAUAAUGUGUUUCUUUUCUUCUAUAUUAUUCAUGACUCUUAUAACUCACCGCUCUAUCUAUCUAUCUAUCUAUCUAUCUAUCUAUCUAUCUAUCUAUCUAUCUAUCUCUGUUUUUGCGUUUGUUCAUCUAUCUAUCUAUCUAUCUAUCUAUCUAUCUAUCUAUCUAUCUAUUCAUAUUUAUCUAUCUAUCUAUCUAUCUAUCUAUCUAUCUAUCUAUCUAUCUAUCUAUCUAUCGCAGUCUGUAUCUAUCUAUCUCAGUCUAUUCAGAUCUAUCUAUCUAUCUAUCUAUCUAUCUAUAUAUAUAUAUAUAUAUAUAUUCUGCACAUUCCUAUCUCAAUCUGUAUGUCUGAAUCUGUUCAUAUCUAUCUAUCUAUCUAUCUAUCUAUCUAUCUAUCUAUCUCAGUUUGA